CUCUCUGUGAAGGAACAAAACUUGACCGAGGAUCUGCGGAUGGAGGAUCCGGUGGAUUAAAGAUCGAUCCUCGGGAGCGACCGGAGUUCUGAUCGUGCCUCUUCCUGAUUGGUCCUUUCCUGCGGACCUUCAGAACUGGACGUGUUUGUCCCGCCAGGUCCCGGGUCCCCCGCUGAGUCCCGGCUGUCCCGGGAGACCCGCGUCCUCCGCCUGGUUGAUCCUCCGCCGCGCGGCCCGCCGCUCGUCCCCGUCCCGGACUUUUAUUUUGUUGAAAUGCGUCAACAGCGGCGCUCGGUGAGUUGCGGCGGAGUUCGGUAAACUUCGUGGGGGUUCGGAAAGUUCCGGCAGCUUUCCGGAGGUGACCGAACAGUUCGGUAGAAGGAAAACGUUCAGUCCGCCGCCGCCGCAGCCUCAGGCCGAGUACCGAGAGGACCGGGGAGUACUGCGGAGUACCGGGGAGUACCGGGAGUACCGCGAAGUACCGGGGAGAACCGGGGCACCCCGGAGCUGCCAGGGCCGCUGUCCGGAGCCCCGCGGCUGGCGGCGGCUCGGCUGCUCUCAUGCCGGCCUGCAGGCUCUGCGGAGCGGGGCAGAGGAGCUCCGAGUCCGGGCAGGUCCCGGAGCUGUGCUGAGACCCGGGCCGGACCGGACCGGACUCCCGUCCGGGCCUCCGGGCUUGAAGAAAAGUUGCCAGAAGUCCGUUUUCCCGGGAGAAGCUCAGACUGAUCGGGCGGAUCGCGGCGGAUCAUGACGGAUCACCGGAGACCGAGCAGGACGCCGCUCUGACCGACAGCAGGACCCGGAUGGAGACUCGGCCCAGAUGCCGCGGAACGAGCUGCCGCUGCCGCCCGGCUGGGAGGAGGCGCGAGACUUCGACGGGAAACGUUACUACAUAGACCACGCCUCCCAGAGCACGAGCUGGGUCGACCCCCGGGACAGGCACACCAAGCCCCUGACGUUCUCGGACUGCGUGGGCGAUGAGCUGCCGCUGGGCUGGGAGGAGGUCCUGCACCCGGACCUGGGGUCCUACUACGUGGACCACAACUCCAAGAGCACCCAGCUGGAGGACCCCCGGGUCCGGUUCCAGCAGGACCAGCAGGCCAUGCUGCGGGACUACCUGCGGGCUGCCCGGGACGCGCUGGAGGCCCGGCAGGAGGUGGUCCGGGUCAAGGAGCAGCGGCUGGACCUGGCCCAGCAGGACUACCGGGACCUGGACCGGGCCUGGAGGGCCCGCGCCGCCUCCCACACCAGCCUCAACUCCAGGUCUUCGUCCUCCAGCAAGUUUGACCCGGAGAUCCUGAAAGCUGAGAUUUCCACGGCCAGAAGCCGGGUCCACAAACUGAAGCGAGACCUGGCCUCCAUGAAGCAGGACCUGCAGCACCGGGAAGAGGGACUCCAGACCCUAAAGGAGAUCGACCGGAAGGCGUCCGGCCGGCCGUCCGGCUUCAGGCCCCAGGAGACCGAGGCGGUCCUGACGGAGCUGCGGACCCUCCGGGACGCCGUCCGGGCCGGGGAGCGGGAGAAGACCCGGCUGCUGCAGAAACUGGCCGUGUUGAAAGACGGGUUCCGUCUGGAUUCGGGUUCUCAGCAGGACUUGUGGACCAGCGACUCAGACCGGUCCAGUCCACCAGUCUUCCAGGACGCCGGAUCCCAGACCGACAUCCCUGCUGAGUUCUUGACGAAGCCCAACAGGCUGGCGGAGAAGGUCCGGCUGAGCCUGAACCUGGAGGAGGCCCGGAGGAGGAUCUCCGACCUCGAGGUGCAGAUCGCCGGGCUGGACCGCGAGGCGUGGCCGGGGCUGCUGGACCCGGAGCGGGACCGCCUGAUCCUGAUCAGCGAGAAGGAGGAGCUGCUGAAGGAGCUGCAGUACUCCGGGCCCCGCCGGGACCCGGACCCGGACCCGGACCCGGACCCGGACCGGGCCCGCCAGCUGGAGAACCAGAGGAAACGCCUGGAGAGGGACCUGCAGACCGCCAGGGACCACCAGAGCAAGGCCCUGACCGAGAGGCUGCGUCUCCACUGCCGGAGGAAGCAGCUGGUGAGGGAGCUGGAGGAGACGGUCCGUCUCGCCUCGUCUCUUCAGUCUCAGCUGAAGAGCCUGUCCUCCAGCACCCUGUCCUGCUCCUCGGGCAGCAGUCGGGGGUCUCUGACGUCCAGCCGGGGGUCUCUGGCCACGUCCAGCCUGGGCUCCGGGUCGUCUCUCAGCCUGGACCUGAUCCUGGACCAGCCGGACCUGGCGGACCCGGACCUCCAGAACCUGCUGGAGAGCCUCCUGCAGGAGGGGGGUCAGGGGGGUCAGGGGGGUCAGGGGGGCUACCGGCCGCCCAGCUCCAUCACCACCAUCCAUGAGAACGAGGUGGCGCCGGGCCCCCUGGCCGGGGCCCCUGGGGGCGGGGCCGGGCCGGGGGGCGGGGCCGGGGGCGGGGCCGCGGGGGGGUCCAGGGUCCAGACCCUCCGUCUGUCAGAGACUCGCUCCGUCAGCUCCCUGUCCCCCCGGUCCUCCCUGUCCUCGCUGUCCCCGCCCUGCUCCCCGCUGGUCUCCACCUCCAGCCUCCUGAUGGGGGCGCCGGACCAGGACCAGGACCAGGACCUGGACCAGGACCUGGAGCUGCACGGCAGGCUGGCCAAGCUGGAGCUCAACCUGGAGGAGGAGCAGAACCAGAACCCGCAGAGAGACGAGGGUCCAGACUCCGCCCCCCGGCUGCUGGGGGCGGGACCCGAGAGGCUGGGCGUGGCCUCAGCAGCAUCCGACGAGUCGGUGGCGGCUGACAGCGGCGUGUACGAACCGCCGGAACGCAGACCGGGCGUCCCUGCAGACCUGCUGUCCUCCUGUGAGGACCGCUUGUCCCCCAGUUGCUCCCGGGUCCAGCUCGGGUUCCGGUACGAGUCCAGAGACCAGCGCUUCAGCGUCUCCGUCCUGCAGCUGAGCAACUGCAGCGUCCUCGGUCUGCCGGGGGACCAGCGCCUGUACGUCCGCCUGGCCGUCGUCCCUUGCGUCCGGGCCGUCCCCUGUCUCUUCAGGACACGCGGCUCGCUGCCGGGGGACACGGCGUCCUUCAACGAGCUGUUCGGCAUGCACAUUUCCCACAAUGCCCUGCGGCAGAAGACACUGAGAGUGGACGUCUGCAAGACCGGCAGGACGGGCCAUGAGGAGUGUGUGGCCGGGGCUCAGGUCAGCCUGGCCGACCUGGGCUGCUCUCCACAGAGGGUUUCCAGGUGGUUUAACCUGCUGAGUCCGGUCCACAUGUCAGAGAUCCACAGCAGUGACUCGGACCAGAACCAGGACCGGGACCAGACCGGAGUUUCAGGAAGUCACAGAGUCGCCGCUGCAGAUUCUCUAGAAGAAGAAGAAGAAGAGGAGGAGGAAGAGGAGGAAGAGGAGGAGGAAGAGGAGGAAGAGGAGGAAGAGGAGGAAGAGGAGGAGGAAGACGAGGAAGAAGGAGGAGACGAAUGGCCUGGAGACCCUCUGGACGGAUUUGAGGACGUUCCUCCUGAGGGGGCGGAACCCCCAGAGGAAGAGGAGGAGUCCUUUCUGGACAACAGCCAAUGGGAGGCGAAAGAGGCGGAGCCUAAAACUGGUCCUGGUCCGGUGACAGCCCCCAUAGCGGAGAAGGUCAACAAGCAGACCAGCACCGGGACCGGGACCGGGACCGGGACCGGGACCGGGACCGGGCGCCCGGCGGUGCGGCCCAAGCAGCACCGGCAAAGCGGCCUCAUGAGGGGCAGCACCAUCAUCCGGUCCAAGACCUUCUCCCCGGGCCCCCAGAGCCAGUACGUCUGCAGGAUCAACCGCAGUGACAGCGACAGCUCCACCCUGUCCAGGAAGUCCCCGUUCGUCCGCAACGCCUCGGAGAGACGCAGCGUCAGGGCCAAGAAGCCUCCGAUUCAGGUCCGAGGUCUGGACGGCCUCCUGAGGACCUCCCUGGACCUGGAGCUGGACCUGCAGGUGUCCCGGACCCGGCAGGCCCGGCUGGCUCGGGAGAUCCGGGUCCUGAGGGAGCUGAAGACGGAGCUGGAGACGGCCCGGCAGCAGAACCAGCGGGACCUGCCGGACUGGGUCCAGGAGGACGACAGGUUCCGACUGCUGCUGAGGACGGUCGAGAGACAGACUCCGGAGGAGCAGCAGCAGGAGAGACGGGUGGAGAAGAUGAUGAGAGCCGCCGCCAGGGACGUCCACAAGAUCCGAGGACAAAGCUGCAAAGAAGUCCCCGAGGUGCAGACGUUCAGGGAGAAGAUGGCGUUCUUCACGCGGCCGCGGCGCUGCGUCCCGGACCUGCCGUCUCACGAUGUGUAGAAACAUUUCAAAGUGUUUGUCCUGCUGAUCCGCCUGAGAGACAAAGUAGAAGUCAGCUAGCUUCCAUCU